AUGCCUGGCGAACGCGCCGUCUGCCAUGCAGGCCAUGCCCUCCGCUCGCACGUCGUGCUCUCGCGCCUGUUCGACAUCCCCUUGGCCAGACUGCGCUCCGUUGCCAGCUCGCACUGCUCUGCUGCCGCCUUUUCCACCACCGUCCGCCAUCGCUCCGACAAUGGAGAGUCCCCGACGUUUCGCUACGUUGGCAAGACCAGCUUGGAUGUAACCCUGGAGGCCCAUCGCCAGGCCAACCGUGACUCUCUUAUCCACAAGGUCAGCCCGACGGGAGAGGAAAAAUUAACCGUUUGGUUCAGGCCAGACCUGCCCCCUGACCGCUUCGAUCCCGUUGCUAGAGAUGGAGAAACGCGUACGAAGAAGAAGGAGGGGCGGAAUGGCUCGGAUCAGAAGGGUCCAUGGCAGUGGUCGAACCAAGCGGCUGCCUCGAGGACGAUGCCAAUAUACCACAUCGGCGCAAAGGAACGGUCCCUUCCUCCGGUCGACUACGUCGGCGAAUACCUGGAGCCGCUGCACAGCAGAGACGAUGUCAGAGACGAAGAUCUGCCUUGGUUCGCAGCGUCUCUGCGACUCCGGGCAGAGAUAGAGGCUUUUGCAGAACAUAUCCAACCCACGCCCGAAGAGCAUACCGGCCGCAUCGCUGUGGUGGAUAAAAUGCUAGACACGUGGGCUCGUUUCAUUGACUCACGGAAGGAUAAAAACUAUAAAGGACUCAAGCUUGAACUUUUCGGCUCCCAGAGGAAUGGACUGGCCACCGCCACUUCGGACCUCGACGUUCGUCUUUACGACCCAAAGAUCUCGGAGAAGAGCGAUGAGAAGCAGGCCCCCAAACACAUGACGAGAAAACUUCUCAAAAAAGGUCUCGAGAUGACGUUCCCCUUCUACCAGGCAGAUGACCAGUUCAUCCUUGACGUUCAGAUUGUGGCUUCUAACGACACAUCCUAUGCACGGAUGAUUAUGGACAAGUAUAUGGAGGAGUUGCCGGCUCUUCGCUCCCUGUACAUGCUUAUCAGGUACCUUUUGGAGAUUAGAGGGCUCCACGAUGUCUUCAGAGGCGGGAUCAGCUCCUACAGCGUCUUUUACCUGAUUGUGGCAGGUAUCAAGUUGGGUUCGUCGCCGGCCAGCCAUGAUCCUGCCGAGCAGCUCCUCGCAGUCUUGGACUUCUACUCUCAAUUUGACACGACCAACAAUUGGAUCUCGUUGGAGCCAUUGUCAAUCCUGCCAAAAAUCGAAAGUAAGCCGGUGCUUUCCCGGGAAGAGAAGGCGGCACUCCGCAAAGGGCAAAGAAUUGGCGCACAAAACAAAGAUCAGCCGUAUCUUCUCUCCAUUCGCGAUCCUGCCGACGCCACCAACGACCUGGGACGGAAAACUUUCGGCUGGAAGCACUUGCAGGCGACUUUCAAGACUUUGAACGAAGUGCUGCGUCAGAAGCUUGAAAAGAACGAUGGCUCGCUGCUGCUUAAGCCCCUGGUAGGCACGAGCUUCGAGCUGAUGGAGGCAAGAAGGGAAAAGAUUGCUGCGUUCGGUCGGCAGCAUCGGAGUGUGCAUACAACUCAAGAAGUUCAAGUGGACGCCCAAGAAGUUCAAAUCGACACCCAGAAAGGCCAAGUCGACGCCCAGAAAGACCAAGUGGACACGGAAGUCCAACUCGACACUCAAGAAGUCCAAGUCGACAAGCAGGAAGCUCAAGUGGACAUUCAGGAAGUCCAAGUGGACACCCAAGAGAUCAAGAACGAGGAUGUCAAAGCAUGA